UAAACAGUGAGUCAGAGUUUGGUUUGCAUGGCUACGACAACGCGGCGCGAGAAAUGCAUCCAUUCUUCUUCGCAAAAGGUCCUGCAUUUAUGCCUAAGUGCAAACUGAAACCUUUUAACAAUAUAGAUCUAUUCCCUCUAUUUUGUAAGAUACUCGAUGUAGAGUGCCCUGCGGUAAAUGGUACUUUAUCACAUAUGACUAAGUGCCUUAAGAAGCAUCAAGAGGAUGUAACAGUAAUUGCUUACAGAAUGAUAACCAUAGCUACUACUAUCUCGAUGACGUUGGUGGGAAUCAUAGCAGCGAUAGUAAUGUUUUAUAUAAAGAAACGUCGAUUGGGUACAAGGAGUUACGGGACAUAUUAUCCAGUGGUUGGAUAAUAUGUGAAAUAUAAGAGGCUGUAGAUGAAAUCUAUAUACAUAUUUCGUAUUACACAUAUGAUAGUUAAAUCGAAUGGAUUCAAAAACGAAUUUUAAAAAAGCUGAUAUACUAUGAAAUAGUAUCACUACCAAAGAAUAAAUAAAGGCAAUUUCGAUUUUAUUUCCAACAGAUACAGUCUUAUUUUUCCAAACUAAAAGAUAGCAAUAUAUUCAAGAAUCGAGUCUUGUUUUUUAAAUAAACAAUAAAUUAUGUACUAACCCGCUAGUCGUAAUAAUCAAAGAUAAACUUUCAAAACUCUUAUAGAAGAGUGUACGAUUUUGUGCUAAUUUUCAUUAGGAAGUUAUUGAUAGCUAUCUAAGUAAAAUAUACAGGCACGUUCUGAAUCAAUCAAUUAUACAUUGAACUAAAAGUAAUGUCUUUUAACUAGAACAAAAUAAAGAAAUUUCUCAUUUAUAUGGCAAGAAAUAUUUUAUAAAAGGGUCCUUUAUAGCCUACACUUUUUCCUGUGGCAUUUUUGAAACUUAUUCCUCCCUAAGAAUGUUAGUCAAAAAAAAAAGAAAAUAACGAGACCUUUUGUUUUAGAAGAAUACUGGAAGAUUUGGAAGCACAGUGCCAUUGGGAUGAAAGUUACGAUAAUCAAAAUCCUACUUGCAAGUAAAUUUACAACAAAUUUGUUCUCAAACUUUUACUUUCUGCUUGAUAUUAUCUACGGGAGGGCUCGCUUUCUUUGCGCGCGGAAAUCAAAUUCUAUUCUGGAUUCCGAGGAUUAAUGAUUUUUUUAUUUUUCUUUACAGAUUAAACCAUUUCCGAGAUUUAUUCAUUAUUUCAUGUCACACGAAUAGUAGAGGGAGUGUUAAGUAUAGAAAAUCCCUUUUUCACUGUAGAUGACGCAUGCGUCAUGCGUUUCACGGUCACACGUGACGCCUUUAAACACAUAUAAAUGAGAAAGAGACAAAAGUAAUUUCUGUGAUAAUGAAAGUACAUAGUUAGCCUCAACGAACUUCUGAGUCCUGUGUACUUAGAAUACACACACACACACACACACACACACACACACACACACACACACACACACACACACACACAAAAUCGUAUUAUAUUGCACUAUAGGAUGCGCAAGUUUUUAACAAUUUCCAUCAAUAUACUUCCCGCAAGCUAUAAUUUCGUUCCAGUAUUAUAAUACUUGUUGAUGAACUAUGGAUGUUCAUGCAUGUUUACACUUUUAUCACCGAAACAAAAUUAUACAAACAUCCACAGUUUAUCUAUCAGAUAUAUCGAAAGUAUUCUGUGUUAAUAUCAAUUGAACCAUUAAGAUGAUAUCCUAGAAUUAAUACUUAUGGUAAAAUUUACAACAUUGAAGGAAUAAGAGGUCAAUGUGCACAGUAUUACUCGAAAAUAUAGAUUGUAAAAUAGUUCAGUAUGUACAUUGCCAGCGGAACACCUUAUGGAAUUCUAGACCAAGCAAAUUUAUCAUUGAAUCUGCAACAAUUGUAAAUUAUUCGUAUGUAAAUAUAAUCAGAUGUAAAUAAAUUGCUAUUACAGCAAGUCCAACGAA